GGUCCAUCCUCUACCCUUAUGGUCUGGAGAAGGGUGACCAUAAGAACCCUAAACUUGAUGAUUUUAAAAUCCAGAAUCCCAAAUCUGGGUCCGUCCUCUACCCUUAUGGUCCAGACCAAGGUGACCAGAAGAACCCUAAACUCGAUGAUGGGACGUCGAAGAAGCUCCCACUCGCCGUCCACUUCACCUUCUACGGCAAAGAGCACCAGACCCUCUACGUGAACAACAACGGCGUCCUUUCCUUUGGCACCAAAGUCAAGCAGUACACGCCCGACCCCUUCCCCCUGGCUGAUGGACGCCCCUUCGUGGCCCCGUACUGGGCGGACGUGGACAACGUACGGGGAGGGGAGAUCUUCUACCGAGAAACCACCGACCCAGCCCUGCUGGCUCACAUCACCGAGAACAUCAACCAAUACUUCCCCACCAUCACCUACACGGCCACCUGGGCUUUCGUGGCCACCUGGGACAACGUGGCCUACUAUGGAUCUACCACCAAAAAGGGCAACACCUUCCAAGCCGUCUUGACCACUGACACCAAGACGUCCUUCGUCAUCUUCAACUAUGGGGACAUCCAGUGGACUACAGGAGAAGCAAGUGAUGGUGACCCUCAAACAGGUCUUGGAGGCACCCCGGCCCAUGCCGGUUUCAACAGUGGAGAUGACACCAACUUCUACAACAUCCCCGGUUCCCAGACCGAAGCCAUCAUCAACAUCACCAAGACCUCCAACGUCAACGUUCCCGGCCGUUGGGUCUUCCAAGUGGAUGAAUUUAAGGUGACCGGGGUCCCCACCGAGGUGCCCAAGGUCCCCGACAGCAACAACUAUAAAUCCAGAGGCUGGAGGAGAAGGACCAUCCCCACCAUCCCUGGUGGCCCUGUCACCCGCGUGGGACAAGGUGGCACCAACAAGGUGGCACCAACAAG